AUGGGGAAAAAAGACAAGCAAGUCAAUCCGGCGGAUGCUUUGAGAAAACAGCAAAAGAAAAAGGAACUCAAAAAAAACAAGGAGGAUAAAAAAAAGGGUAGACUGGUAGCUACUAGUCAGAUCAAUACGAUCAAGCUAGAAAUUGAAUUCCAAAAACUCAGCGAACAAGAGAUUUUAGGAACAAUCGAUGCAAAUGGUAAACACCGCAUUCGACAGAUUCAGGAUAAAAUUAAAGAAAUCAAUGUAGCAAGAGAACAGCUUGGAUUGGCACCCAAAGAGUUAAAACUUGAAGAUCCUGCAAAAAAUAAGUCGAAAAAACCUGAAAAAGUCUAUAAAUACUAUCAUCCUACGUUUAACCCUCACGGCAAACGCAAAGGCGAGGAUAAACUUUUGGAUGCAAAUGGUGUGUCCGAUGAUGAAGUAAGCGAUCAGGGCUCUGUCAAAUCAUCAAAUCACUCUGAUCUAGAGAUCACACCAAAUAAAUCCGAGCAAGGUAUAAUCGAUCUGUCACACAUUCCAAUUCCAGAAGGUAUUGCACCAGAAACAGACGCACAGGUUUACAAUACGAUAAAACUUGAUGAAAUCGUGGAUGCUACAGAAACUGUUCGUAGAGAAAAAGAGCGUGCUAUACAAGAACAAUUACAAGCUCAACAACAGCAAGAGGCUUUAAAUAUACCAUAUAUGCCCCAAAUGCAGCCAUAUAAUCCAAUGAUUCCGCCAAACUAUAUUCCUGGUAUGUUUCCCCCUGGAUAUCCGAUUCCGGGUAUGCCAUUUUAUCCUUUUCACCUUCAACCACCUCCUAUGCUUGUGCCACAAGUUGGCAUGCCAUUUACACCGUUUCCUGGCCAAUUUCCCAAUCCAUCACCUUUUCAAUCUCGCCCACGACAACACCAUUCGCGACAGUCAAGACCACAAAAGCCACAAAAGCCACAAAAACCAGUGCCUCUUCCAAACAAACCUGCUACUGCAAAUGUUAUUUCAGCUGCACCUCAGAUUCGAGAUUUACGAAAAGAACUUACAGGAUUUGUUCCAGCUGCAGUGCUAAGAAAAAAGGCUCUUGCUCAUCGAAAAAAAGAAUCCGAAUCUGUUGAGCCAAAAGAAUGACUCGAUCAAUCUAUUUUUGCUAAGCCAUUGCAAUAAUAUCUGCUGUAUAUUGCCAUACAUUCUUUAUUGUAACUGGGUUUUAAAUAUAUGAUGGAUUGAAAGCCUUGAUAUACAG